UGUUUUCAUUUACGUGUUUUUAGAACUAUUUACUGGUGGAUCUUUGUUUUUCUUUUCAGGUACCAUGGUGACAUCAGAAGAGGAAGAGUCAUCUACAUCUAGUCUUGAAAGGAAGAUCCUUAAGUCAGUCACCGCAGCUAUGACAACCAUGCUUGAUGCUAGACUUGGCGUUCUGCACUUGAAUCAACCAAACCCGGAAGCAAAUCAGCGUCAAAGGCAGAACCAGGAGGAACCAAGGCAAGACGACGAAACCAGGCGAUACUAUAGCCACGGUUCUUCACACAGCAGUCAGCGGAGGCGUCGACGUGAACGUCCAGUACCAAGAGAUCCGUUGGGAGGUCUUAAGUGCAAGAUCCCAGCCUUUCACGGAACCAGCAACCCGGAUACCUACUUGGAGUGGGAACAGAAAAUCGAGUUAGUGUUUGUUUGUCAAGAGGUCACCGAGGUCAACAAAGUUAAACUUGCCGCAACCGAGUUCUACGACUAUGCUCUAAGUUGGUGGGAUCAGCUUGUUACCAGCCGCAGACGUACCGGAGACAUGCCGAUCGAUACAUGGAACCAGCUGAAAACCGUCAUGCGAAGGAGAUUUGUGCCGAGUUAUUAUCACCGCGAUCUUCAUCAACGUUUGAGGAACUUAGUUCAAGGAAGCAAGACUGUCGAAGAGUACUUCAAGGAAAUGGAAACCCUAUUGCUAAGAGCUGAUGUUCAUGAAGAUGGAGAAACUAUGAUGUCGCGAUUCAUGGGAGGUCUCAACCGCGAAAUCCAAGACCGUCUAGAAACCCAGCACUAUGUGGAAAUUGAGGAGAUGCUUCACAAAGCAGUCAUGUUCGAACAGCAAAUCAAGAGGAAGAACUCUCGAUCCAGCUACAGCACCGCUAAGACCAGCUACAGCUCAGGAAAGUCAAGUUAUCAAAAGGAGGACAAGCCCGGCUACCGGAAGGACUACAAGCCAUUCGUCAAGCCAAAGCCAUUUGAGUCAGACCCGAAAGGUAAGGGUAAGGAAGUGAUCACGAGGACAAGGGAUAUUCGUUGCUUUAAGUGUCAAGGACUUGGGCAUUACGCAAGCGAAUGUGUCAACAAAAGGAUCAUGGUUCUUAAAGAUAAUGGCGAGGUAGAGUCUGAAGAAGAGCGUUCGGAAAACGACUCUGUGGAAGAGGGUUUGGAAGCCCCAGCUAAAGGAGAGCUGCUUGUUGCUAGGAGAUCGUUGAGUGUUCUAACCAAAUCAGAGGAGCAAGCACAAAGGGAAAACUUGUUCCACACGCGAUGUAUUGUCAAAGACAAGGUAUGUAGCUUGAUUAUUGAUGGUGGAAGUUGUACUAACGUUGCAAGCAGGACUAUGGUGGAAAAGCUUGGCUUAGAAGUGCUCAAACAUCCAAAACCAUAUGCGCUUCAAUGGCUCAACGAAAAAGGUGAGAUGUCCGUUAAGGAGCAAGUCAAGGUGCCGCUUUCUAUUGGUAAGUAUCAGGACGAAAUCAUGUGUGACAUACUUCCGAUGGACGCUAGCCACAUUCUUCUUGGACGUCCAUGGCAAUCAGACCGACAAGUUCACCAUGAUGGCUUCACCAACCGACACACCUUUGAACACAAUGGCCGCAAGACGACUCUCAUUCCCAUGACGCCGCAUGAGGUCUAUCUAGAUCAGCUUAGCAUGAAACAACGAACCGCCAAACAAACUGAACCAACCGAUAACAAGGGUAAGAGCAAGGUAAGUCAUAAUAGUUUGCUAUUUGUUUAUAAAGAAACUCUUGCUUGUUCUACUAACCCCGAACCGGUGCUACCGAGUAAAGUUGAGUUGGUUUUGCAAGAAUAUAAUGAUGUGUUUCCGGAGGAUAAUCCCAUUGGUCUGCCACCAAUCCGAGGGAUCGAGCAUCAAAUCGACUUUGUGCCGGGAGCCGCUUUACCAAACCGACCAGCUUACCGCACCAACCCAACCGAAACCAAGGAGCUUGAAAGACAAGUGAACGAGCUGAUGGACAAAGGACAUAUUCGAGAAAGCAUGAGUCCAUGUGCCGUUCCAGUGUUGCUAGUACCUAAGAAAGAUGGGAGUUGGCGAAUGUGCGUGGACUGCCGAGCCAUCAACAACAUAACGGUUAAGUAUCGCCAUCCUAUCCCUAGAUUAGAUGAUAUGCUUGAUGAAUUGCAUGGCUCUAGCAUCUUUUCUAAGAUUGAUCUUAAAAGUGGAUAUCAUCAAAUCCGUAUGAAAGAAGGUGAUGAGUGGAAAACGGCUUUUAAAACCAAACAAGGGUUAUAUGAAUGGUUAGUCAUGCCGUUUGGGUUAACUAAUGCGCCUAGCACUUUCAUGAGAUUGAUGAAUCAUGUCCUUAGGAAGCAUAUUGGUGUAUUUGUUGUGGUCUAUUUUGAUGACAUUUUGGUUUAUAGCAAGAACUUAGAAGAUCAUGUCAUGCAUCUUAGACUUGUUUUGGAUUUGCUUCGCAAGGAAAAACUUUAUGCGAACUAUAAGAAGUGCACCUUUUGCACAGAUAAUCUUGUUUUCCUAGGCUUUGUUGUGAGUGCAGAUGGAAUCAAGGUUGAUGAGGAGAAAGUCAAGGCAAUCAGAGAUUGGCCAAGUCCUACCAAUGUGAGCGAGGUGAGGAGUUUUCAUGGCCUAGCAGGGUUCUACCGACGGUUUGUCAAGAACUUCAGCACUAUUGCCGCCCCACUCACGGAAGUGAUUAAAAAGGACAUUGGUUUCAAAUGGGAAGCUGCACAAGAAAAUGCAUUCCAGGCUUUGAAAGAGAAGCUCACUAAUUCCCCUGUUUUAAUUCUUCCAAAUUUUAUGAAAACUUUUGAGAUUGAGUGUGAUGCCUCAGGGAUAGGCAUUGGAGCUGUUUUGAUGCAGGAUCAUAAGCCCAUAGCUUUCUUCAAGGAGCAAGCGCAAAGGGAAAACUUGUUCCACACGCGAUGUAUUGUCAAAGACAAGGUAUGUAGCUUGAUUAUUGAUGGUGGAAGUUGUACUAACGUUGCAAGCAGGACUAUGGUGGAAAAGCUUGGCUUAGAAGUGCUCAAACAUCCAAAACCAUAUGCGCUUCAAUGGCUCAACGAAAAAGGUGAGAUGUCCGUUAAGGAGCAAGUCAAGGUGCCGCUUUCAAUUGGUAAGUAUCAGGACGAAAUCCUGUGUGACGUACUUCCGAUGGACGCUAGCCACAUUCUUCUUGGACGUCCAUGGCAAUCAGACCGACAAGUUCACCAUGAUGGCUUCACCAACCGACACACCUUUGAACACAAUGGCCGCAAGACGACUCUCAUUCCCAUGACGCCGCAUGAGGUCUAUCUAGAUCAGCUUAGCAUGAAACAACGAACCGCCAAACAAACUGAACCAACCGAUAACAAGGGAAGCAAGACUGUCGAAGAGUACUUCAAGGAAAUGGAAACCCUAUUGCUAAGAGCUGAUGUUCAUGAAGAUGGAGAAACUAUGAUGUCGCGAUUCAUGGGAGGUCUCAACCGCGAAAUCCAAGACCGUCUAGAAACCCAGCAUUAUGUGGAAAUUGAGGAGAUGCUUCACAAAGCAGUCAUGUUCGAACAGCAAAUCAAGAGGAAGAACUCUCGAUCCAGCUACAGCUCCGCUAAGACCAGCUACAGCUCAGGUAAGUCAAGUUAUCAAAAGGAGGACAAGACCGGCUACCGGAAGGACUACAAGCCAUUCGUCAAGCCAAAGCCAUUUGAGUCAGACCCGAAAGGAAAGGGUAAGGAAGUGAUCACGACGACAAGGGAUAUUCGUUGCUUUAAGUGUCAAGGACUUGGGCAUUACGCAAGCGAAUGUGUCAACAAAAAGAUCAUGGUUCUUAAAGAUAAUGGCGAGGUAGAGUCUGAUGAAGAGUGUUCGGAAAACAACUCUGUGGAAGAGGGUUUGGAAGCCCCAGCUAAAGGAGAGCUGCUUGUUGCUAGGAGAUCGUUGAGUGUUCUAACCAAAUCAGAGGAGCAAGCGCAAAGGGAAAACUUGUUCCACACGCGAUGUAUUGUCAAAGACAAGUCCGAUCCAUCUCCUUCAAAACCUUGCGAGUGUGUUCUUGGGAAGCAGAUUCCUCACCAGGAGUCUAUUAGCAGACCUCGACGAUUACGUGUUGGACAAGCAGACUGCCGAUGA